AUGGCUUCUCGCUACAAUUCCUACGACUCAAGGUCCUCAACCUCCUCUUACUUCUCAGACCCAUCUUCAUCCACUGAGCUAAGCUACAAACACUCAACUUCACGAGCAAUAAUCAAGUCCAAACCACCAGAAUUGUCAAAAAUCAAGGUAAAAAACAAUGGAAAUGAUCACAAUUUAAGCAAAAUGGUGAAGAAACUCGUGGAGAAGAAGUCAGUAUCUUCCGCAUCGAGUAAAGGAUCAUCAAGUAAGGGUGUGGGGUUGGUGAUUCCAUCGGAUCUAAUAGCUGAGGAUUUGAAGAAGACAGCGAGGAAAGGGACUGGUUUUAUGGGGUUGCAGAAGAAGUUAUUCGGGAAGGAAAAUAAGAAGGAGAAGAAGGAAGUGAAGGCGUUGACGGAGGCGAAAGUGAAUAGUAAUACAAGGACUUUAGCUAUGGUUUUGAAGAGUGAGAGAGAGCUUUUGAGUGAUAAUAAAGAACAAGAAUUGGAGAUUGAUAAGCUUAAAUUGAUUCUCGAGGACAAGAACAGAGAAGUCGAGAGGUUAAAAGAUUUGUGCUUGAAGCAAAGAGAAGAGAUUAGGUCAUUAAAAAGUUCAAUACUUUUUCCCGAUGUAACGAAUUCCCAGCUUCAAGACUUACUAAAGCAGCAAGGAUCAGAAUUGAAGCAAGCAAAACAACUCAUUCCAACUCUUCACAGGCAGGUCACUUCCCUUACAGACCAAUUGCAAUGCCUUGCAGAGGAUCUUGCUGAGGUGAAGGCAGAUAAAUUUGCAAGGGCACAUAUCCAAUAUCAGGGCAGCUCACCGGAGACACCAACCUAUGACCAUGAAGAAACUGCUAAUUCCUUAGAGUUUAGCUCUUGCGAUGGCGCAACACCGGGUAGUCCAGAGGACAUGUUUCUCAAGGAUUUUAAUCCGUGUUUAACACCCUAUUGUGCCAAGAAAAAAUCCAAGGAAUUUGAGACAAUGGGCUAUGAGUCUUCGCUUGAUGGAAGCUUAUCCGGGAGCAAUACCCAAAUGAGCGAUGGACUUAGCUUCAGCUCUCGUGUCAGAAAGUUAUCCAAAAGUUCAGACUGUUACCAGAAUUCCAACACAGGAAGGACAAUGACCCGAGCAACUCGCAGGUCAGAUGAAAGCAAAGGAGCAUACGGAAAGCAAAUGCAACAAAGACAUUUCUAG